UGGAGAGCUACAUAGCAACAAAAUAAAAAUAAUGAAAAUGAUCCCCAUUUUCAAGAAAAUAUCUUUGCCUCAGUUCUGCCUUGUGUUUUGUUGUUUCGAUCUGGUACUGCUUGGCUUUAUAACUUGGGCUGUCCCCAUGGAGGACCAGGAUUACUACCUGCAAGAAAUCAUCAAUAGGAAUCAUUAUUAUUCUUUUCCGGAUCCCAAUGAGGAAUUGUCACCAUUCACAGAAAGACCAAGAGAAAAAGAGUUGAAACCUUCUGCAGAAAUAGAGGAAUCUCCAAGAUUCAAACCAGGCAAGAAAGAGUUCAAAUCAAAGAAAACUAUCAAACCAAGGAAGGAUAAAUCAACUCUGGAGACUCCACCAGCUAAAAAUGGCAACAAGAAAGGUGAGAAAAACAAGAAGAGCAAUGAAAGAACACCAGAUGGCGACUAUGAAAGGCGAAGCACUGGUGAAGACAGCAGGGAAAGUUGUCCUCCACUGGGUCUUGAAACUUUAAAAAUUACUGAUUUUCAGCUCCAUGCUUCUACAGUGAAGCGAUAUGGCCUGGGAGCUCACAGAGCACGGUUAAAUAUUCAGGCAGGUAUUAAUGAGAAUGAUUUUUAUGAUGGUGCUUGGUGUGCAGGACGGAAUGAUCCCUACCAAUGGAUUGAAGUAGAUGCUCGCAGGCUAACGAAGUUCACAGGAGUUAUUACACAGGGGAGAAAUUCUCUUUGGCUGAGUGACUGGGUAACAUCUUACCGAGUUAUGGUGAGCAAUGACAGUCAUGAAUGGAUCGCUGUCAAAAAUGGUUCUGGAGACAUGAUUUUUGCAGGCAACAGUGAAAAGGAGAUUCCUGUCCUUAAUGAAUUGCCAGUACCCCUUGUUGCACGUUACAUUCGGAUAAACCCUCAGUCCUGGUAUGAGGAAGGAAACAUAUGCAUGAGACUUGAAAUCCUAGGUUGCCCUCUCCCAGACCCAAAUAAUUAUUAUCACAGAAGAAAUGAAAUGACCACAACAGACAACCUAGAUUUCAAGCAUCAUAAUUACAAAGAAAUGAGGCAGCUGAUGAAGGUGGUAUAUGAGAUGUGUCCAAAUAUCACAAGAAUUUACAAUAUUGGAAAAAGUCAUCAAGGGCUAAAGCUGUAUGCUGUUGAAAUAUCAGACAACCCUGGAGAACACGAAGUUGGUGAACCUGAAUUUCGGUACAUGGCAGGGGCUCAUGGGAAUGAGGUGCUUGGGCGUGAGCUACUGCUUUUGUUAAUGCAGUUCAUCUGCCAAGAAUAUCUUGCUGGGAAUCUGCGCAUUAAGCAUCUCAUUGAGAAUACUAGAAUUCAUCUUCUUCCUUCAAUCAAUCCAGAUGGAUAUGAAGAGGCCUAUGAAGGGGGUUCUGAACUAGGAGGCUGGUCUUUAGGACGAUGGACUCGGGAUGGUAUUGAUAUCAACAAUAACUUCCCAGACUUAAAUACACUCCUUUGGGAAUCUGAAGAUCAUAGAAGGCUUCUGAGAAAGGUCCCAAAUCAUCAAAUUCCAAUUCCAGAAUGGUAUCUAUCUGAAAAUGCUACAGUGGCAGUUGAAACACGAGCUGUGAUAGCAUGGAUGGAAAAGAAUCCUUUUGUGCUUGGAGGGAACUUACAAGGAGGGGAGCUGGUAGUUGCCUAUCCCUAUGAUAUGGUCCGGUCAGUCUGGAAGACACAGGAACACACACCCACUCCAGAUGAUCACGUGUUUCGAUGGCUGGCCUAUUCAUAUGCCUCUACUCACCGACUAAUGACAGAUGCUCGGCGAAGAGUAUGCCAUACAGAAGAUUUCCAGAAGGAGGAUGGAACAAUAAAUGGAGCUUCCUGGCAUACUGUGGCAGGAAGCAUAAAUGACUUUAGCUAUCUACAUACAAAUUGUUUUGAACUAUCUAUAUAUGUUGGCUGUGAUAAAUAUCCUCAUGAAAGUGAAUUACCAGAAGAAUGGGAAAAUAACCGGGAGUCACUUAUCGUUUUCAUGGAGCAGGUGCAUCGUGGUAUUAAGGGCAUAGUCAGGGAUCAGCAUGGGAAGGGAAUUCCAAAUGCCGUUAUUUCCAUAGAAGGUGUUAACCAUGAUGUCCGCACAGCCAACAAUGGAGAUUAUUGGCGGCUUCUAAACCCAGGAGAAUAUGUGGUCGGUGUAAAAGCAGAGGGCUACACCACUUCCACCAAAAAUUGUGCUGUAGGAUAUGUCAUGGGUGCAACCCAGUGUGACUUCACAAUCAGCAAAACCAACUUGGCCAGAAUCAAAGAGAUCAUGGAGAAAUUUGGAAAGCAGCCUAUAAGCAUGUCACUUCGACGGCUCAGACAGCGAGCAAGACAGAGACGACAGCAGUAUAGACUGCUUUCUGCAAUGUAACAAAUAAUGCUGUCAAGUUCCACACUUAAACUGAAACACACUCUUAUAGUAGAAUAUGUAUGUAUGUAUGUAUGUAUGUAAUAUUUUUAAUAUGUCCUUUUUAUUCAUGUUACUGUUAGGAAUCUUAUCUUGAAGAAUAUUUUUGGAAUCCACAGUUAAAUGUUUAGAUUUGUAAAUUCUUGUGAAAUUAUUGGAAUUAAGAGGCUGUCCUCUAGAAAGAUACUACCAAGUAAUAACUAUAUAUAGUAUCUGAAUCUCUAAUCCAGAUGGAAGAUAUAUAUCACCAAGUGCUGGAAAGGAAUUCCAGGCAGAUAAAAUAACAGAUAAUUGGCUUAUUAUGAUUAUUUUUUUAAAAAAAACAUUGAAUUAAAGAUUCUGUACUUACUGGUUUGAGGGUUGGGAUAUGGAAAUUAAAUUCAAGGAUGCAACAAUUUUUAUAUGAAUGAGAGACUUUGGUAUAGGGAACAGAAUUUGGAGUCUGUCCAAUGUAUCUGAUGUGUGUUUCAUCUACCAUCUAUUCUGAUGCAAGAUUUAUAAAACAAAUGCAGCAGGGGAAAUAUAUGUUUUUUGUUGUUAUAGAAAUAUGAAGCACUAUAUGAAAGACUUAUUUCAAGGAUUCUUUCAAGUACUGUUUAUUCAGCUCUAGUUAGUCUAACAUGGGAUCACUUUGCAACUGAUUUUAACAUAGAGUCAGAAAAUCAACCAUCUGGUGAACAUAAAGGUUUCCAAAGAGUAAACAUUACUUUUUGUCCAUCGUUAAUCACCAUAUGUUGACUUAAAAGUUCUCCCCAUUUAUUCCCACUGAAUCAUUUCAAAGUGCUCCAAGUGCCCUGAUGCAAUUGUCGUUGCAGUUAGAUCAUGUCAUUAGAGAGGGACUUGGGUUUGUUCUCAUCCCUUUUGAUAUCAACUACCUGUUGAAGAUGCCUGGGGAAGGAUUCAACUCUCCGUGCCAAUCUUGUUUCAUGGCCUAUAAUAGGAUGCAGAGAUAACAUUUCACCAGUGAUGUUUCUAGGAUUCUGCCUCACCUCUGAAAUUUAUUUACCAUAUAGAAUUACAACGAACUAAUAUUUGUGAACCAUUUAGAAGACGCUAAAUGUGCCUCAUAAAUGAUAAACCUUACUGUUGGUUGUAGGAAUGGAUUAGAUCAGUUUAUGAGAGAACUGACUAGUUAUCCCUUUCUCCAGUUUCAAUUUUUUAGAUGCUCACAUUCAUUUUGCAGGGUCUGAAACACGGUGUGCCAUUUUAUGCCAGGUCUUGUUUCUUUUAAGUUUAAAAUAAGCCAAUUAUCCCAUAUAUCAUGGUAACAAGAUUUUAGUGGGUCCUGUCAAAUGAAUUGUUGCUAGAACCAUUAUGCAAUGAUUGUCUAACUUGUUAUGUUCUUAUGAAGACUAAGAAAAAAUAUAUUCAAAAUUACAUUCAAUUACAAAGAAAAUAAAAUCAUUGCAAGUAGGGUUUUGAUAGUGGA